UGUGAUUGAUCGGCUGUCAAAGUCAUGUGGUGGUGUGUUUUUAAAUUUAAUUUCGAAAUUAGUAAAUUAUUAUAAUAAUAAUUCUGGAUUUGUUCUAUAUUAUUUAGUAAUCAAAGUUGAAAAAAUUAUAAAUCAUGCCAUCCGAAGAUAUUGAUAGAGUGCCAGAGAAUGGUUCUGAAUAUGUUAACAAUGAAAAUAGUCUGGACAGCACAGUAGGUUCUGAUACAAAUAGUAAUUCUUUAAAGAAGAAAAGGAAACGUGGAAUUAUUUAUCUUUCUACCAUACCUCCAUAUAUGAACGUUGCAAAAAUUAGAGAAAUAUUUACCGAAUUUGGCGAAGUUGGUAGGAUUUACUUACAAUCCAGUGCAAAACCUGGAGAGAAACGAAAACGUGUUCCCAAUCAGUUCACAGAGGGCUGGGUGGAAUUUAAAAGGAAAAAAAUAGCUAAGGCUGUCGCGGCAAGUUUGAACAAUACUAAAAUCGGUACAAGAAAAAAAUCCCGGUACUAUGAUAUGAUAUGGAACAUUAAAUACAUUCCAAGAUUCAAAUGGAUUCAUUUAAGUGAAAGACUGGCGUAUGAGAAGGCGGCAAUGAAACAGAGACUUAGAGCUGAAAUAUCACAAGCUAAGAAGGAGGCGCACUACUUACAGAGUAAUGUCGAGAAAAGUAAGAAAAUGAAGAAGAGGAAAGCUGCAGAAAAUAGUGCUACGGAAUAAAUAUUUGUUAACUUUUCCCAAGUUUCAAAACUUAAUACCUAGGGAACUUUUGUACAUACUUUGUUUGUUAAAUAAUAAAACACAUAAAGUAACAA